AUGGAGGACUGGCAAAGGUAUGCAACAGGGGGAAUAUUUGAUAUGACCGAAGAAGAUUUAAAAGCGUUAAUAAAAUUUUCUCGAAAGGGGAAGAAUUUAGAGACCCUGCUUUAUAUGGAGGUAACUUUAGACGAUGAGAAUGGAGAAGCAGACGGAGGAGAUGAACUGGAGGAAGAAAACGACGACUCGGUCAAAACAAUAUACCUAUCAUGCCUUACAGAUUUAACACGUGACGAGCACACGGGUGUAGUUGGGAAUCGAGGCCGCGAGGGAAAAACUGUUGAACAGGCAAGCGAUCAAGUGCAUACCUACAGUGGAGAUCAUGAUAGUGAGAAGAAAUCUGAACUGAAGCGGUUAAACGCACUCUUUAGUAUGUAUAAACAGAAGAAGGAGGAUAUAAGAAAAAAGAGGUUGAAUCGCAAGCAUUCUGCGCACAAAUUCAAUAAUGAUUGUGAAUCGCAUCCCAAUAUUCCCAACGAAGACAACUAUAUGGAUAUGAAAGACGUGACAGUGGAAGUAAGUAAAAUAUUAGAUAAUUUGGACAAAAUAUUUACCAAGUGUUCCUCCCCAAGAGAAAUAACACAUAUGCUGCAAAAUGGUACAGAGCUUUAUGAACAUGAUGUGACGGAAUAUUCAUCUCUCCAUAAAAAAGAAAACUUCCCUUUUUUAACAUUUGACGUUCCCAUAAUGAUGCAGAGUUUGAUAAAGAAUCCGAAAAUUUCUCACCCCAGGGGUUGCAUAAUUGCCGCAACAAACAAAAGUAUUGUAAAAAUUGCGUAA